CAAGAACAACGUGUCGGUGGGUAGCUGCAAGCAUAAAUCAAACGGUUGAGGAAAUUGGCGAUAAAGCGCUCCGCACACACUCGGGUCCUGCGAUGUUUUGUCUCCAGCUGCGGCUUGCGUCACGCGACGUCAGAAGCCCGUGAACACGCUCGAGCCGAGCUCGCGCUGAAGAGACAGUCUGUCUGACACGCGCACCUGAAGCGCGCGGGGAUGCGGCGCUCCGUUCCUGCUUUAAAACCGUCCCGCGCGGCGACCGACAGGCAGAGAGUUAAACGCAGCCGACGCCUUCGAGUUUUAUUCCUUCGCGAGCUUGAAGCGUUUCUACGAAGCAUAAUGAACGACAUAAAAGUUGCAGUACUGGGAUCCGAGGGUGUCGGGAAAUCAGCACUUAUUGUUCGAUUUCUAACCAGGCGGUUUAUUGGAGAAUAUGCAUCAUCGUCAGAGUGCAUCUACAGAAAGCGCAUGUCUAUUGAUGGAAGACAGCUUAAUCUCGAACUGCAUGACCCGUGUUCUCAGCCAUGCGAGGGGAAGUCCACACUCAAUGAGCAGAUCCACUGGGCAGACGGCUUUGUGGUCGUUUACGACAUCAGCGAUCGUUCCUCCUUCCUCACGGCCAAAGCCAUAGUGCAUCUGAUCCGAGAGCUUCACCUGGGAGGAUCUAAAAGGGACGCGGACUCUGUGAUAUUCCUGGUGGGCAAUAAGCAAGACUUGUGCCACAUGCGAGAAGUAGACAGGGAAGAAGGCCAGAGGUUGGCGUCCGAAGGCCGCUGUCAGUUUUACGAGUUGUCUGCCGCGGAGCACUACCAGGAAGUGGUGCUCAUGUUCUCCAAGAUCGUGCGCAACGCCAGUCUGGGAAGCAAGGCGAAGGAGCGCCGCCGUCGUCCAAGCGGUUCGAAAUCCAUGGCCAAGCUCAUCAAUAACGUCUUUGGAAAACGGCGGAAAUCUGUUUAAAAUGAACUUGGACAAUUGCUACAGGACUUGCGUUUGAGAUGCGUCAAAUUUGUUUAUAUACUGUAAUACUGUAACCGCCUCGUCUCGGCCACACAGUCAUUAACUCAUCAAGAACGUGGACAUUUCUCACCCUAAAGUCAAAAGAAAACAAGAACUUUUUGGGGUAAAAGAUAAUGAAGCUUGUUUUAGAACCUGUAAGUGUUUUCCUGACAUUUACCUCAUAGUUUCUCAUUACCAUAAUGCAUUGUGGCAGUGAGAUGGGGGCCUAAUGAGUCGGUAAUAACACAUUAUAAUGUCAUGGUGGAAUAUCAACUUAAUUCUAUUAAUGCAAAAUGUGUAUUUCUGCACAUCUUUGCUUUUUGCCUUAAAUGUUUCUUUAAUCUCUUUAAAAAGGUGAUAUUUUAGCUCAAGGACUUAAGAUCAAAUGUUUCUUGUUUCGUUUCAAAUUUGUUUGUGUAGUAUCUUCAGUCUUCACUCACUGUUUGAUGUAAUUUAAUCACUUUCAACAUGUAUGAUGUGAGCAAUGACAUGUCAUGACGUUUAUGGGGUUUGAAAUAUCUUCAGAUUCCUGUGAAACAAAAACAUCUGUGUAUUAAAAUUUUGUGUAAAAAAAUGUGUAAAAAAAA